AUGAAAAAUGAUGAAGGAUUAACCACAAUCCUUGAUGAUGCUCUAUUCAGUUACCGAGAAAUUCCAUUUAUGACCAUUAAUAAUGAAGGGUCAACAGAAAAGAUAAAUGAAAUAUACCGCUAUAUUUUACGUCUUUAUGAUCACCUUAUUAAUAACCAAAAGGCAUUA